CUUUUGCAUCUUGGAAGGGACUGUGAUCUACUGUAGUGCAGAACAGAGCCUCUCAAUCAGGCGGGUGUGAAUAGGAGACGGAGGGGAGUCCAAAAGAAAAGGAAGAGGAGGGGAAAAAGUGUGUGUUGGGGGGAGCAGGGGGCAAAGCAUUUUUGGUGGAUGGUGUGAAGCCAGCCAUGGAAACUGCAGCCGAGGAAAAUACUGAACAAAGCCACGAGAGAAAAGUGAACAGCAGAGCUGAAAUGGAAAUUGGCAGGUACCACUGGAUGUACCCAGGCUCAAAGAACCACCAGUACCAUCCCGUGCCAACCCUGGGGGACAGGGCUAGCCCCUUGAGCGGUCCAGGCUGCUUCGAAUGCUGCAUCAAGUGUCUGGGAGGAGUCCCCUAUGCCUCCCUGGUGGCCACCAUCCUCUGCUUCUCUGGAGUCGCCUUGUUCUGUGGCUGUGGGCAUGUGGCUCUCGCAGGAACUGUGGCGAUUCUGGAACAACAUUUCUCCACCAACACCAGUGACCAUGCCUUGCUGAGUGAGGUGAUCCAACUGAUGCAGUAUGUCAUCUACGGAAUUGCAUCCUUCUUCUUCCUGUAUGGGAUCAUUCUGCUGGCAGAAGGCUUUUACACCACAAGUGCAGUGAAAGAACUGCAUGGUGAGUUUAAGACAACCGCCUGCGGCCGCUGCAUCAGUGGAAUGUUUGUCUUCCUCACCUAUGUGCUUGGAGUGGCCUGGCUGGGCGUGUUUGGCUUCUCGGCAGUGCCUGUGUUUAUGUUCUACAACAUAUGGUCAACUUGUGAAGUCAUCAAGUCACCCCAGACCAACGGGACCACAGGUGUGGAACAGAUCUGCGUGGAUAUCCGGCAAUAUGGUAUCAUUCCUUGGAAUGCUUUCCCAGGAAAAAUAUGUGGCUCUGCCCUAGAGAACAUCUGCAACACGAAUGAGUUCUACAUGUCCUAUCACCUGUUCAUUGUGGCCUGUGCAGGAGCUGGUGCCACCGUCAUUGCCCUGCUGAUCUACAUGAUGGCUACUACAUAUAACUAUGCGGUUUUGAAGUUUAAGAGUCGGGAAGAUUGCUGCACUAAAUUCUAAAUUGCAUAAGGCCAAUAAGGAGCUUUAGAGAGUUAUGCUCUGUAGCAUGAAAUGUAACUGACACUCCAGACUAAAGCAGUCUAGGUUGCCGCAGUUCUGUUACAGUAAUUUGUAAAUAGCUUUAUUUAGUAAACUCAUUUUGCAUGGUAGAUUAAUAAGAUGACUUACUGUACAUGAAUUACAAAAUAAUGAGAUCUGGCUAUUUCCACAUUUUGAAAAGGAUUCAGUUAUUUACUGACAUUGGUGAGCAUCCUUUCAAAAGGAAUUCUCUUGAACUUAAUACUUCAUUUAGAGAUACUGCUCAAAUUUAACACUUUGGAAUACCCACAUUUUCCGUUAUUUGUUUGGUAACAAAUGUCAAUAAUGAUAAUGAAAGCAAGUGCUGAAGAUGAAAUGGAAGAGAAUCAGUUUAAUCUGGAUUUUGCUUUGUCAGAUUCUUUCUGGAAAAUGUUACAAAUACGAUUUACAUUUAAUUUUUUUCUGAUCACACAGUUUACUACCAAAUGCCCCUCAACUAAGCCAGAUGAAAAUUUGAAGAAAAAGAAAGGUCACCAGUU